AUGGGUCGUUCCGCGAACGAUCACCGGGCGCCGAUGCCGGCUAGGCAAGCCGUUCCCAAGUCGGAUCCAUUUAGACCUAGCAACGCGAGACAACAGCGGCAUUCUAAGUCGCAACCUUUUGAUGCUGAUGAUUUGCGGCGGCGGCUGUAUAUAGUUAUCGCAGAACAAGAAGCGCAGAAGAAGAGACAAAAGCGAAGGCCAGACGAGAGUUGCCAGAGUCAAGAACAGAGUAGAUCCACAAGCAGAUCAGAGGCGAGACAGACGGAUGCUAUAAAACCAGGAGCCAGCGAGAAGAGCUUCGCGACGCGGAUGGCAAAAAGCAAAGUCACGAUAGCAGAUUCAACAAGAGAAAACGACACCCAGCCUCCAAAAAUAAAAACCGGCCGGUCCAUGUCAAAGUCCAUCCAAGACAGGCUACGGCGCCGACCGUCAGAAGUAGACCCGACAGCGACCGAGAGCGCGGUCAAAGCGACAUCAUACCAGCACGUGCCCCAAGAAGCCGCCGCGCAAUUCGAACGGACGGCAACGGCCAACAGCAUGCGCGAGAGGAAUCUCGGGCACAGUAUAUCCCAAUCAACACUCCAAUACCGCGUCGAACGCCGGCCGUCAGACCAACAUGACCUCGACUCCAGCACAUCCCCCACGCACGCAUUAGAACGCGUCCGAAGCAAGCGGGGGCUCUUCCAGACCCCGCAGUGGCACCCAACCGCCGCCGCCGCCGCCGACCCGGAAGACCUCUACCCUCCGCAACCGCAACCGCAGCACCAGCUCCGCCGCCACAGCGCCCCGCUCGUCAUCCCCCCGCGCCCCUGGCGCAAAAACAGCAUCGGCACCGUGCUCGAGGGCAAAGCCAUGGCCACGACGGACGAGAUCUCGUCCGAGGAGACGCUCGUCGUCGUCGUCGACCCGCCGCCGCCGCUGCUGUCGACGGCGACGGCGAUAAACGCGCACCGCGUCGACUGGACGCAGAGCGACGAGAAGCCGGCGGUUAAGUCGCCCAGCGCCGGGGGCAGGAUCCCGCUGCUGAGGAAGGCGGAUUCGCUGUGGACGCUGAAGAAGCUGGGGGGGUUUAAUAGAGGUGGUGGAGGUGGGGGUGGGGGUGGUGCUCGCGAGAAGCAGUUGCAGUUGCAGGGGGAGGAUGGGAGUAGUUCGACGGCUGCGUCGCCGUCAACGAUGAAGUUUCCAAGGUUGGGGUUUUUGAUGAAGUUGAGACGUUAG